AUGAUGUGUCUGGAUUUCUCCCUAGCCAAAUUUAUGUCUGAUAGUGGAUUAUCUACCCUUGACAGUUUUUCUGUGUCAAAGUUAAUGGAUUAUUUAGGUGUAUCUGAAUACCUACUGUCAGAACAGUGUGACAUGACACAGCUACCAUAUAACACUUCUGUUAAUGGAUGGACUGAUGAUUGUUCCAUUCAAGACAAGAUUGACCUCUCACCCUAUGGUGUAUGUUAUAUACCACAUACUUGUACCAGUAUAGACUGCUGUGUAAAUCUGCCUGGAUUACACAGAAAUAUUCAUGUUUCUGUUGACAUAGACACUUGUAAUUAUAAACUGACUGUGGAUAUUGAGAAAGUUCAUCUGGAAUACUCACUGAUUGAUUACGAAUGGGGACACACACAAACAUAUUCUUUGUUUGGACUCUUUAAUGUUGUAUUCACAGUUCAAAAUCUUGUUGACGAGAAGUUUCUGGUAACCAUGGAUAUAUCUGUAUGUAUGGAGAGAGCUGGUCCAUGUGAAGUAAUUCUGAAUGUACUCAAAGAUGCCAGGUUACCUAAACCAGUCUGUAACUGGAAAAAUGGCUUCAUUAUACCAGACUUUUCUUUAAAAAACUUUCUAUCCAGUAAAGGAUUAAGUCCAGCACUAAUUGAGAUACCAACAGAAGUAUUAUUACAGCUGUCAAACAAACUUGGAAUAGCUUCAUUCUAUGUGGAAAACCAGUGUAACAGAGCAGAUACCCCAUAUAUACCUAACCAAGAUGGAUGGAAUAAUGAUUGUUUAGAGAAAGUAAAUCUCCCAGCUGUAUCUAAUGGCACCACCUGUCACUUGUCUGAUGACUGCAUUGGAGUUACCUGUUGUACAGAUGUAGAUCUGCUCCGUAGAUCUAUCAGUACCAGUCUAAAACUGGAUCCCUGUGAAUAUACCUUACAAGUGCAGAUAGAGAAACUUCUUGUCAACAUUAGUUUAGUUGAUUAUCAGUUUGGUAAACAAGAUGGUGUAUAUUUAUUUGGAGUUGUACGUCUUGACUAUGACAUAGAUGACCUGAGAUACAAGAGACAGUAUGUUGUCAAUCUGCAUCUGAGUGUUUGUUUUGAAGCAACAGGACCUUGUACAAUCAGUAUCCCUGUACUCACUAAUACCAUUCUACCUAAGUCUGUCUGUGACUGGAAAAGUAAUUUCAUAGAUCCAGAAUUCUCCCUUUUGAAGUUUAAAAAAGAUGAAUAUGAUUUACAUGAUGGAGAUAGUUUAACAGAUUACCAGAGAAAGGAUUUAAUGGAUAAAUUAGGAGUGACAGAUUUUAUAAACAAAGUCCCAUGUAGUUCUGGGAAAGCACCAUAUCCUGGUAGUGGAUGGACUAAUAAUUGUGAUACUUUGACCUCAGACCUUUCACUGUUACCAGGGACAACUGUCUGUCAUAUUCAAGAGACCUGUACCUCAGUGUCCUGUUGUUUUAGUGUGGACAAGAUAGGACAAUCAUUCCAAGCCUCUGUUGAGAUUGAUUCGUGUAGAUCACUACUGACAGUUUCAAUAGAAAAAAUUACAAUGCAGAAAAAUCUGUUAGAUUUCCAGUGGGGGGCACCAGUGGAAAUGUGGCUGUUUGGCCUGCUUAGACUGGAGCUAACAGUGAAUAACUUGGAAUCGGAAGGAAACUUUCUGGUAGACAUGACAUUGAAAGCUUGUCUUGAUGCAGAUGUAUCCAUACCUUGUUUCCAGUCCAUUGUAGUGUUUAAGGAUUACAAGCUGCCCAAAUCUGUGUGUGAUUGGAAUAUCAAUUUCCCUGUAAAAGACUUUAGUAUGGAUAAUUGGAUAACUGAGAAUGAUCUGUCAUCAAAUGAUGAUCCGUUACCACAAUGGGCAGUUCUCCAGCUUAUGCAAAUGUGGGCAGUAUCCAGAUUUUUGUCAGACAGUGCUUGCUCUACUUUGCAAAAAGAUACAAGUUCAGAUUGUAGUUUCUCAGUACCAGAUCUACCUGACUGGUUGUCUUGUUCAAUGCCAUCCUCUUGUAAUGGUAUAGAAUGCUGUGUUUAUCUGCUUAGAAUUAACAAGUCUGUAGAAGUUGUUCUUAGAAUAGAAAAUUGUAGAAAUACAUUACAGUUAAAGAUUGGACAGCAAACAACAAAGAUCAAACUAAAUAGAUUUGAAUUUGAUAAGAAUCAUACAUUUUCUCUGUUUGGUAUUGUAAAGGUCAUGUAUGAAAUAAAUGCAUUAGAGAAAGAGAACCAGUAUGGAGUAGAUCUGAAUAUCUCAGUAUGCUACAGUGAUACACUUCCAUGUGAUUAUAAUGUACAGCUGUGGUCAGAUACAGUUAUUAAUGGUAGUACCUGCGAACUAACUUCAGGAUUUCUUAAUUCAGAGUUUUCUUUAAACCAUUGGUUAGGAGAAAAAGGAUUAAACAAAAAUUCAAGUGUAUCAGAUAAAGUUGCCAAUGACCUGAUAAUGGAUUUAGGAUUAUCUGAUUACAUGGAUUUCUCAGACAAGUGUGACUUGACAGUGUCUCCUUACCUUAACACUGAAGUUGUACUUAAUAAUGAGACUUCUUUCCGUAAUGUGACUCAACCAUCCUUACCUGAAGAGAUAACCUGUUAUUUAUCACCAACUAAGUCGGAAGUAUCUUGUUGUGUGCAUGUUGAUAUUCUAAAAAGAUCUCUACAGACCAGUCUUAAACUGGAUACCUGUACAUAUAAACUAGCUGUGAGGAUAGAAAAUCUACACCAUGAAAUUAAUCUAUUGAACUAUCAAUGGGGUAAAAGUGAAGUCAUAACACUUCAUGGGGUGUUCCAGAUCAGGUUUAGUAUAUACAACAUUCCUUCAGAGAGAAAGUUCUUGGUGGAUAUAAGUAUUAAGCUGUGUUUUGAUGCAAAGGACAAUUGUCUGAAAGAAUAUACAGUUCUAACCAAUGCUGAUUUCUUGUACUCUGACUGUAGUAAUGUUAAUAGUGUUCCAUUUGGAGGAUUGGCAUUUGAGUUUUGGAAACCUUCCCAGUGUACAGCAUAUAGUGGAAACUUUCUAAAUGGUUGUACAGAUGUACCAGUUCCAAUGUCAUCCUUACCUGGAUGCAAAAUGUCUAGUGAUUGUCACAGUGUAGAAUGUUGUACAGAUAUUAACUUCAUGACUGGUACCAGAAAUGUAUAUACUUCAUACCAACUGACACAGUGUGAUGAGAUGGUGACCAGUAUUGAGAGACAAUCAUGGACCAAAACUGGAUUAGAUUCACUGACAGGAUCAACCGUGGCAGAGAGAGUCAAUGAUGUGUUCAGCCUAAGUAUGGCUGUAAUAGAAAGUUCCUCUUCAUUGUAUAAAGUGACCUUGUCUGUCAAUAUCUGUUACUUGAGUGGAGGCAUUUGUACAAACUUGACACUAGUAGAACAGGUUACCUUGAAAAAAACAGACUGUUCACCACAGCAAAGAAGAAGGAAAAGGAGAGCUGUUUCGUAUGGAAUUGACCCUUCUGAUCUUAAAAGUGGUAUAAGAAAACUGCAUGAAGAUCUAGCAUCUUCAGAACAAGUUCAAGAGUUUUUAAGAGAAGCCAAGGAAUAUGAAAACCAAGUGAGGUCAGGCAAUCUGGAACCAAGCCAGAUUAUGGAUGAUGACAUCACUACAGGACCCAGGUCUAUCAUGAAAGCUUUAGGAACAAAUAAUCCAACUGUAUUGUCGUCAAUAUGGACAGUAGAUAUUGUUUCUGGCACAAAAGGAGCUAAAUCUGUAACUGACAUGUUGUCAACAGCAACAGAUAUCGUAGGACGUGCUGAUCAAGUAUUUAUAGUAGGAAAAGGCCUGUCUAAUGCAGGAGUUCAAAUGUUAGGAGAGAAACUGGCCAAGAUGACCAUUGGUGAAAUUAAAGCCAUGUUAGAUCUUAGGAAUCUUGACCCAAUUGUUGUCAUAGAAUUGUUUGGUCAACUUAAGGAGUUAUCUAGGGGUUUGCUAACAGAGUUUAUGGACAAAGUUCUUGGAGAUCCAACUAAUGCUUUUGAACGAACUGAUAUCAUAAUAAAUGGAGAUGUUAGUUUUCCAAGACAGAACUUUAAACCUUUUCCAGAUUUUUAUCAUGAUAUGCCAAUUGGUCCACUUAUACUUAGAUUUGAAUUUGGAGUUGUUGGGUAUUAUGGAAUGAAAUUUGAGGUUGGAGUGAAAAUCUUAGGGAUGAAAGGAUAUGCCACUGUUAUUCCUUAUGCUGGAGCAAAAGGUUAUGGGUCAGUUGGACUUUGUUUCUGGGUAUUAUGUGGUAAAUUACAGUUGAAUGGCCAUGUGCUGAAUACUGCAUUUCCUUCAACAAUAGAAGUAGGAUUCAGCAAAUUUCCCCUUGAUGUUGGCCUGUCUAUGUAUCUGGAGCUAGUUCCCUUGGAGAUCAACUUGAAGGCCAAAGUUACAUUGGAAAUAAGACUUCCAUGGGGAUUUAAAUUUACCAAGACAAUUAUCAGUGUUACACUAUGGAGAUACAGAGCUCCGACCAUUAGCAAAAAAGUGAUCGAUACAAUGAAAAAAGAAGAGGAUGCUUCCCCACCACAAAUUUCAUCUGUUAUCAAUGCUGAUGAUAGUUCUGAAAAGAAAAAAAGAUCAACAGCUUCCUGUUAUGUUAAUCAAACACCAAACAUAGAUUACACAGAACCAGAGUUUGAAAUCUCUAUCCGAGCUGAAGAUGACAGAAGUCAAGUGAAGCUGUACUUAAAUGUAGGAACUGUACCAGGAGGGUCUGAUGUGUUACAUGAAUAUGAACUUGGAGGACCAUCAACAGUUAUCAAAGAGAACUUUAAAAGUAAAGGAACUGGAGUUCCAAUUUACUUCACCUUUAUAGCAGAAAACAACUCAGGUCAAAGGGCAGAAGCAUUUUGUAGUCUACCGACAUAUGAUGUGACUGUUCCUGGUGGAAGAUUUCAGGAGGAAUUUAUGUCUACAAGUAACCCUGAGGUUUUAAGGGCCUAUGUUACGGUGUAUGAGGACUCAGAACUUCAGACUGUACAAGUUGGAGCAGGAUAUGGGAAAGGAAUCUAUGGGGACCAGAUGGUUGCCUGGAAUGAUGUUGACCUUGGUCAUGAUGAGAUCAAUGAUAAUAUAGGGAAAGAUCCUUUUAAUACAAAAGUUCUUGACCAGUUAUUUUCUGGAUCAGACACUGGAAAACUAAUUGGACCAAAAUCAGCUCCUGACACCAAACAAAAUAGUCCUGGAGAUUGUGCCAGGGCCUGUGCAGAUUUACCUCGUACUAAGUGUAUGAGUUUUAAUUAUGACUUUGGUAAAGGAGUAUGUGAGCUUAUGGAAGCCAUUGAGGGACAUCACUACUCAAGGUCCAAGUCUGGAUUGUUUGAACAUUAUGAGAGACUUGGAAUUGGCAAGUCUAAGCAGUUUGUAUAUGAAAAUCUGCAACUCCAACAUAAUAAAUCGUAUUACUUCAAUCUGAGACUGGUCAAUGUUCUAGGAUAUGAAAGUAUACUUACCACACAAGGAGUCAUUGUAGAUACAACUACCCCUGAAACAGGCUUUAUUUCCAACAAGACUGCUGAUUACCUUGAAAUACUUCCAUGUUUGGACUUAUUCCCUGAAGACAGACCUGAGUGGAAGUUACUCUGUAAAGGGGUACAUCCUAAAAUUCAGAAUCAUAGACUGGUAGUUGAUGGAACUGGUUCCCAGACAGUAUUUAAUGGUCCUAUACCAAUGUUUGAUUUGAAGUUCACAAGAGCAAACAGAUAUAUGUCUGCUAAUUGGGAUGGCUUCAUAGACAGAGAAUCUGGAAUUAUGGGAUAUACUGUACUUAUUGGCCGGACAGAAUGUAAAGAUGAUGUACAUGUUGAUCAUGAUCCUCAUAUACAACUGUUUGAUAAAUCACAGUGGACAUACAGUGCUAUGAUAAGCCCUAUACCUGCUCCAUACACCAAAUUACCAGAUGGUCAGUACUUUGUCACUGUUAGAGCAUUAAAUGAUGUAAAAUAUGGAGGAACAUUGGUAACAACAGUGUGUCAUUCUACACCACUGACAGUAGAUAACUCUAAACCAGAGAUUUACGAUGUAUAUGGAAUAGAAUAUGAUGAAGAUCUACCCUUACUUAAAGUUUCUCAUGUAUCCAGUGACCCACAUUCAGGUUUGGUAUACAAUGAUUUAUGUUUAGGCCAUUCAGCUAGAGACUGUAAUGAAAUGGACUGGAAAAGAAUGGACUAUAGUCCAGAUAUUCAGUUUGCAGUGCAACUUACAGAUGGUGUCCCUGUAUGGGUCAAAAUCAAGUGUGUCAAUGGAGUUGAUCUUAGGACAGUAGCAGUAGCAGAUCAAGCAAUCAUUAUUGAUAAAACAGCACCCAUAUCAGGACAAGUUUUAGAUGGUCCAGUACAAGGAGAUGAUCUAAGUUACACCAAGAACUAUCAUUCACUAUGCUCCAAUUGGAGACAUUUCUAUGACCAAGAAUCAGGGAUAUCAAUGUAUAUGGUGGGAGUUAGUUCAGAGAGAAAUAUCAAUAACACUGAUAUUGCUAAUACAACAGAAAUUAGUAGACAAACCCAUACAACCUGUGUGUCUGUCAACAAAGACUUAGAACAUGGCAAGACAUAUUAUUCCAUUGUGUGGGCUUAUAAUGGAGGAAUAACUCAACAGAAAGUUGCUGCUAUAUCUGAUGGGGUAACUGUGGAUUUGACCAAGCCAGAAUCAGGAGAAGUUAUUGAUGGGGUUCAGACAGGGUUUACAGAUCUCAAGUUUUCACCCAGUACAGCUAAAGUUGGUACUCAGUGGAAGGGUUUCCAUGACCCAGAAUCUGGAAUACAACAAUAUGAAGUGAAGGUAGAAAUUUCAAGUAACAGCACAGAAGAUUAUGAAGUAGUCAAGGAAUGGCAUACCUUACACAGUAAAACAGAUAAUAUAGAAUGGGUGAACUUUCACCUUCAUCACAAGGACCAAGUUAAGAUUAAGUUGAAAACAACAAAUGCUGCAUUGAACUCUAUUAUCAAUGAGACUGAUGGAUUUGUUGUUGACCUAACACCAGCCGAGCUUGUCAGUCUAGGAGAUGGAACUGUGCUGAAAAAAGAUGAAACAUUCCAGUCUAAUGUGACCAGUUUAUCCAGUAGCUUUGAGUUUAUAGACAAAGAGUCUGGUCUUGACCAUUACAAAAUUCAAAUAUAUCAGUAUCAUGAAGAUGUGAGAUUACAGAUAUUUCCAGUAAUCUAUGGUGAAUGGUUAAAUCUUGGGACUGAUGUUAAUAUAAACCACUACACUCAUACAGGUCUGUCUUUACAUCAGGGUGGAGUAUACAGUAUGAGGGUGGGAGCUGUUAACAAGGCAGGAUUUGUAGCAGCUUUUGAGACUGAUGGUGUUGUCAUAGAUACCACACCUCCUGUUGUGCACUGGUUACAUGUCGGGAGUCUUGCUGGUAGUAUUGAGGAUGUUGUAGAUGGAUUUGUAUUGCAGGCCGAUACUACUGGAAUAAAAGUAGCCUGGGCAGCUGAAGAUCCCCAGUCAGGAAUCAUAGAGUUUAAGGUGGCAGUUGGCACUGCCAAAGGUGGCACAGAUGUUAUGUCUUGGACAGUUUUUGGAAAAGAGAAGGAUAUAUACAUACCUAACCUAACACUACAGCUGACAGACCUGACAACUUACACACCAGUGUAUUAUGUUAGUGUGAAGGCAGAGAAUGGAGCAGGACAGGAGAGUAAUCCUGUCACAUCUACACCUAUUGUUGUUGUGGAUGAAGACAAACCAGGUUUGGUGAUAGAUGGAGCUGAGGGUAGUGAUGGUAAUACCUUAGUACUUAAUGAAGAUAUAGAUUAUCAGUUAGACUUUUCUUCUACCACACUACAGUUCAGUGGUUUUGAGAGUCAUUUACAUGGAGUUGUGGAUUAUGAAUUGGCAGUAGGUACAUCUCCUGGUGGAGAAGAUGUUAUGUCCUAUACUCCUCAUGGACUGGUACAUUCUGAAGAGGCAGAUGUUGUUGGCAAUGGAAUAUCCAGUUCUGGUUUUGCCCAAGCCAAUCUACACCUUAAACCAGAAACAAAAUAUUACUCUAGUGUUCGUGCUGUUACUAAUGCAGGCAAUGUUUUAGAGGCUGUGUCUGAUGGAUUCUUAAUUGACACAACACCACCUGAGGUCACACUAGACAGAUUAACAGAUAAGGAUGCCUAUGAAGUAGAAAGAGGAACAAGUAUUUACCAGACAACAAUAGAUAUCCUAUCUGCCCAAUGGCAUUAUAUUGAUGAAGAGAGUGGCAUACAGAGAGCUUGGUUCAGUGUAGGGACCUAUCCUUUUGGAGGAGAUGUGGCUCCAGUAACAGAAGUUAAUAUUACAUCAAAUCUACAGAGUUCUGUACCAUUGUCUACUGUGAUCCCAGACAUAACAGGAAAGCCAAACAUUAUAUCUGUGUAUGCGGAAAACAAGGCAGGAUCUCAGUGUAAAGUGACUCUUGACUCUGUGAUCAUAGAUAUAUCACCGCCAAGUCAGGGAGUAGUCUCUUGCCCUGAAUAUGUAGGGGACAAGGUUCCUGUUAAGUGUUCCUGGACUGGGUUUCAUGAUAAUGAAAGCCCAAUAAAAGAGUUCCAGAUAUCACUUGGUUCUCAACAAGGACUAUCUGAUGUAUUCACUAACAGAGUGGUUAAUGGACAUACCUUCAGUUAUUCUAUAAAUGAUGCAGAUGAGUUGAUGACACAUGAGAAGUUCUACUAUGUUACUGUGAAUGCUGUUAACACAGUGGGUUUGCAAACCUACGGUUUCUCUGGACCUGUUGCCAUAGAUACCACACCUCCUGACUCUGGUAAAGUGAUUGACCUUCAUACGACCUACAGAAUGGAUGUGACUGACAAUGCAGCUACUGUACAAAUGAAUGCUAAAGCUUGUAUAAGUGAUGAAGAAUGUGAUGCUCUAGAUGCUACAUGUUCAGAGUCUCUGACUUCAGUUUCUGUAACUUGGCAACCAUUUACUGAUGAACAAUCUGGAAUAGCUGGAUAUGAGGUGGCUGUAGGUACUACACCUGGAGGGGGUCAGGUAAAACCUUUCUUCAGCAUACCAUUGGAUACAAAUUAUUACUCUGUCACAGGAUUGAAUUUGAAUGGCCUGAAAAAGGUAUAUGUAUCCAUUAAAGGAACCAAUGGAGCAGGAUUAUCCAGUGUUAGCUCAUCCAAUGGUUUAUAUUUGUCUUACCUUAGUCAAGGACUGCCUCCUUUGGUUCAUAUUGGUAUUGCUGAUGUUUCAGAAUUAUCAAAUGUAGAUAUAGAUUUCCAGGAGAGUUCUGACACAUACAGAGCAUCAUGGGAUGUAUCAGGUGACCCUUGUCCUGUCAUCAAGUAUGAAUGGCUGAUACAGAGGCUUGAUGGGAUGGUUGUCAUGGAUUGGAUGGAUAUGGAAAUUAAAACUUCAGGAACAAAUGAUGAAUUGGAGAUGUUGAAUGGAGAAUUAUACUAUUCUCUACUGAGAGUAACCAAUGCUUUGAACUACACCUACAUGAUCAGAUCUAAUGGUGUUACUGUCAAACAAGAACCUCUCAUCCCAGGAAAAGUAUUUGAUGGAAAUGUGAAAGGAUAUGAUCUGAAUUUUAUCAAUUCCAAAGUCAUGGUAACAGUGAACUGGGAUGGGUUUGGUUUGCCAGUCAGUACACAAACUCAAGUAGAUGUUAUUUCAGGAAAUCCAGGCAUUCAAGUUAAUGAAGGUGAUAUUGAAAAUCAGGAUGAAAACCAAGCAGUAGCAUUUUAUGAGGUUGCCUUGGGAACAGACAGGAGAUUCACACAAACCAGAGAUAAUAUUGUUCCAUUUACUAAUGUAGGAAAAGACAAAAAAGUUACCUUUUAUGACCUUGACCUGGUUCCUGGUACACCUGUGUACUACUUUACAGUCAAAGCUUACAGUGCUUCACAUUCUGUUGCUAUGGUAACAUCAAAUGGCUUUCAUGUUGGAGAUGAUGGUGGGGUUACCUCUGGAACUAUUAUAAUGGAAGAUUUUGUCAACACAAAUACAUAUCUAGAUAUACAGUUUGAAGGGUUUUUUUCCAAAGUUGAGAUAUUGAUGUAUUAUGUGGCUGUGUCUAACUACACAGGUGUUAAUGGCACUGACUGUAAACAUUAUAUUGAUGGUGGAAAGUCUACAGAAGAAGAAAAAUCCAGGAUAUUUAAUGUGUUUCCUGUCACAAAUAUAAAUCAGAAUACAUUUUACAAAGUAGAGAAUUUGAACCUGGAAUCUGGAAAAAGUUUUGUUGUUUGGGUUUUUGGAACUGACAAGUCAGGAGAGUGCAGUCUAGCCAGUCAAACAUUCAGUGUUGACACUACACCUCCCGAAGCAGGAGAAUUAACAUGUGGACCAGAUUAUCACAAGAAUGUUACAUACACUCCUGAAAGCAGCAGUUUGACAGGACUGUGGGAGGGGUUCUUUGAUCUUGAAUCUGAUAUUGCCUCUUUCAAAAUAUCCCUGUGGAAUAAGUCUUCCUGUUCAGAUCAAAGCUCUGAAGUACUGAUGGUGGACUGGAUAACUUUGGAUUCAAACUAUUCUCAGUAUAUGUUUUCAGAACUUCAACUGGAGAGAAACAUUCCAUAUAUAAUAAAGCUCAUUGCAACCAAUCAUGUUGGACUAUCUGUCAGUACAGAAUCUGCCCCUAUAUUAUAUGACUCCUCAAAACCAACAUCAGGACAUGUGGUUGAUGGUACAGACUUUGUUAAUGACAGAGUUUGGUUUGGUUCUGCAUCUUUAGUUACAAGCACAUUUUUGCAUUUGGCUAAUUCUGAAGGUCCACCGUGUCCUGACCAGGCUGUAUCUAUGAUCAACAACCCAAGCUGGAGAAAACUACAACAGAUUGGCUUCAAAGAUCCCAGUGGUCAACAAUGGUCACUUAUCCAUAGAAAAGAUAAUAUCCAGAACUUAGUUUAUGAUAACGCUAUCAGUAUAAAGCUGGCAAGAAAUGUUAAUAAAAAACAAAUGUAUACUGGGGCAUACAUCAGGUCUGCUGAAUUUGAAAAUGGUGGAACUUAUCAGAUUACAAUAAAAGCAGCUGAUGGUAAAGGGAUUCCAGUUACUGGGAUCAUGCUAUGGGAUGGUCCUGUAGAUGGUAUAGCUACUUACAAUUACAUAACUGAAGAUGACUGGACACUUCAUUUGUGUGAUUGUUGUCUGGAAGAUCCUUUGGCAGAGACUUGCUCAUUUUGUAACUGUUCAGCCAGUGAUAUGACAUCUACCACUCCUCCUUCUGUGACUACAAGUAAAACUCCAUAUGCAAUAGUUAAAAGUCCUGAUGCAACAGUGGUUACUAAACCUGUAGACAUGGGCAUUCCCGUGGCACAAACAGCAUGUGGUGUACAGAUAUUGACAGGUGAUGUACCUCAAGUAGUUACUUGGUGCCAGGCCUACAACAAUACACAGAGAUUAAUGAAGGCUAAAAUAGAUUUAUCUUUUGAUCCAUCGGCCAACUAUCACCGGUACAAAGUAGUAGUCAGUCCUCUGAAAGACGAUGAAGUAAAUAUAAACUGGUGUAUAUUGGUGUAUGCAGAUGAUGAAGAAUUAACAGAAAUCUGUGGUAUAGAACCACCUAGUACUUCUGCCAAACUUGUACUUCAUGUAUGGAAUCGUAACAACUAUGUACCAGAUACAUCUGACUUAUUUAAUGUCUUCUCAGCUAAAGCAUACUUCAAAGACCUAAUUAUUCCACCUAAAAUUGGCAAUAAAUGUCGCUAUGGUAACCCAUUCAGAGGAGGUACUAAUCCAGUAAUAAAGUAUGAGGCUGGAAUCGGUACAGAAAAGUUACAAUCAGAUGUUGUACCAUAUAAAGAGAUAUAUAGACCAUGUAUACCAUGCAAUACACAGUGCUCUUUGUCAAACUGUCAUUCUGAUUGUGAUAUUAAUCAGCAAACACUUGUUACAUUCAAUUUGUCAAAUCUGGCCCUGAAACCUUUUACUCUAGCAGAAAAUGACACAGGACAUUUAUACAACAAAAGUGCUAUAUACUAUACAACAGUAAGAGUAUUGUUAGGAAAUGGCCUGACCACUGAAGGAUCAUCAGAUGGAUUCUACAUUGACAUUACCCCACCUGUAUUUGAUCCUGAUGUAAUGAACAGCCAGAUUUAUGUUGAUGUGACCCAAGGAGAGUUUACACCAGUGAAGUACCAAGCAUCCAGUAACACUAUUAAAGCUUUCUGGUACUGUUAUGAUGAUGAAAGUUUAAUCAAGAAUAAUUCAUGGGCUAUUGGGACAACAGUUGGUGGAGAGGAGAUACAACCAUUUACAUCACUAGGUGUCAGACAGAUUGGUAUAAACAGCUCACUAGAGGGAGUACUGCAAAGUAACCAAACUUAUUACGUCUCUAUAAUAUGUCAGAAUGGAGCAGGACAAAUUACACAGUGGAAUGAUAAUACAGGUGUGAUAGCUCUUCUUGAACCUCCUGAUGUUCAAGCCAUCAAUUCCACACUGGUAGGAGCUGAAGAUUUUGAUGAACCUGUCACCCCUUCAGAUUCUAAACGUGGUACAGACCCUGACACUAUAGGCUUCUCAUUUUCCCUGAGUGAGGAUAAAAGAGUAACAAGAUAUGAUAUAUGUAUUGGAACAUCAGAACAUAAAGAUGAUAUUUUCCCUUGUACCUACAUCAGUGUAAACAUGUCUGGUACAGUUUUAAUAAAGAAUGGCUCUAUUUUCAUGAAUGAGUAUAAAUUGUAUGACUUACAUGAGCUCAGAAAAGACCAGAGUAGUUCUUCUUCUAAUACAUUCCACAUGGAGCCAGGGAGAACUCUGUUUAUAACCCUCAGAGCUUGUAAUGAUGCCUAUCUAUGUAGUAAUAAGUCCUUGGGAACAGUUACAAUGAUGAAUGAUAAAGCUGUGAUGAAGACAUCAGUGGGAGGUGAACCUCUGGAGGUGGAGUAUGAUAUGUCUAGUAACAGGAGGAAGAGGAGGAGUUUAGGGGAUACACUUGUUUUAAUUACACCUGAUGGACUUGCCUCUGGACAGAGUAUAUUGAUGGAACCAUUAGAUAGUACAGAUUUAACCACUGUUUAUGAUUCAGUAUCCUCAGCAGAGUUCCAACCCUAUAUAGUAAAUCCUAAUGAUACAAUGGACUUAGUAGACAGACUUCUAUAUAGAAGAUUAUCAACAAGUAUAUUUUCCUUUACUCUGGUACCAAUUGGACAUUUACCUAUGCCAGGACCAGUCAACAUAACUUAUUUUGAUACCACUUCAGAUGAAGAUCAACGGAUCAUGUUGACACAUUGGAAUCCAGUGAAUAAUCAAUGGGAGCUGACCAGUGAGACAUGUGCUGACCAUAGUAAUAAAGAAACUACAAAUUCUGAUGGAAGUACUUCCAUUCUGGUUUGUAGAACCUGGAGUUCAAAAGGUGAUAAUUCUACUAACAGUCGUAAGAAAAGGUCUAUUGUAGAAACAGAAUAUUUCACAGAGGAGACCCAGUUCUCCUUAUCGAUGGUAUCAUCAUCUAUAUACAAUACACCACCAAAAUUGAUUAGCCUUAAUUCUAUAACUAUGGAGGAAGAUUCAGGAACUCUUCAGUAUUUACUAGAAGCUACAGAUGAUGAUCAAGACACCAUUUUGUUUUAUUUAGAAAAUUCUACCUACUCAAUUGGUACUCCAAGUCUCACUACUGAUGGAAUAUUAUUGUAUACUCCAUGUACAGACUGUACAGGAACAGAAUAUAUACACAUACUCUUAACAGAAGAUCAGACAGACAUCCCAGCAGCUAGUUCUAAUGUCACAAUAACAAUCAAUGUCAUCAGUCAGAAUGAUCACCCUGUUGUUUUUCUUACUCAGUAUGGUAGCUCUAUAUUGUUCCAGGAUACAAGUGAACCAGUUGUGAUUUACCUAGAACAGAUGACGAACCAUACUGGACAUAUCUUGUCUGACCAGUUCUCUGCUGUUUUUGGAGGAUACGACAUUGAUGUGAAAGAUAGUUUAAUUGUUGUUUUGUCACAACCUGAACAUGGCAUUGUUACAGUAUCCAAGGAACAGGUUAUACCACCAGAAAUAGGUUCAUGUUCACAGACAUUAGCUAUGGAUAGUGAACCUUGUGGAAAUUUCAGUCAGACAUUACCAUAUAGUGCUUCAGAUAUGUUGUGGAUCUAUACCAAAGUAACGUAUUUUCAGCCAGCUGAUUAUUAUGGUUAUGACUAUUUAAAGAUGUACAUCAUUGAUGAUAAGAAUGGCACAUCUGAAGUGGUUACUGUACAGUUUACUAUUAUGGAGUCACCUUGUCAAAAUAAAGGGGUGUGUCAAGAAAAGGAUACCAGCAACUACCCUUGUGAAGAUACUCACAGAGCUGAGAGUUUUGAUCUUUAUUAUAACUGUGAAUGCCCACCAGAGUUUACAGGACUACAUUGUGAAGAGGAUGUGGAUGAAUGUCUAAGCAAACCUUGUCCAGACUCUUACACCUGCACCAACAAGUAUGGUGGAUAUGCUUGUUCUUGUCCAGACUGUGGAUUGUCUCCUUGGAUUAAAGCUUUGAUUGGUUUAGUUGCAGUGCUUGUUUUUAUCAAUUUGAUUGUGAUAGUAGCAUUCUAUAUCAGGAAGAAGAAAAACCAGAUGAAAGUUUCAAAUUAUGAGGAAGAUGAUGACAGUUUUGAAAAUUUAGAGUUGGAAUCAAGACAAGAAAAUACCAUUGUGACCCAUUAUCAACAGUCCAACACAGAUACAAGAAAUACAAGUGAACAAGAUAGUAUCGAUGACGAUACAACUAAACUUUUGAGUGAAACACCAGAAGCCAGGAGAGAAAACAGGCCUUGGUUGCAAAAUUCAAAAACAAAUGAAGGAACACACAAUUUGCUUAAGUACAUGUGUAACGUUGAAGUUGCUGUUCAUGAGGAGGAAAAUCUAGAUCUAUUUUAACCACCUAGAUGAAAUACAUGUAGGAGACUAUGACAAGGAAUGAUAUUAUUAUAAGAAUAAAGACUAGUUUCUGUGUAAAUAAUUCAGACUUGAUCAUUAGUUGAUUUAUAUUUUACUGAAUUUUUAUGUUACAUAUAUGUGCACAUAUAAGGUUUUUGAAAGACACAAGUUGCUUGCUUUUAUAUAGGGAUUUUCCUUUUCAUUCUUAGUUAAACAGUUACUUUUCAACUAUCAUGGUAAAAGGAUUUAUUUCCUUAACAUUUCAGGCAUUGAUCCCCUUGCCAUUGAAUGCAUUAAAACUAGAGUUGACACAGAUUAGUUUUUUUGUGUGUAUUUCUAUACAAUGUACUAAAUUGAGCCUUUACCAAUUGUUAUAAUUGCGUUUGCUGAUAAAUUAUUGUCUAUUGUCUAUUAUCAUAAUUCAACUUGUAUAUUUGUUUAAAUUCUUGUAGAAAAUAUACCUAUGAUGGUCUGUCCUUAUUAAGAUCAAUCUAGCAUACAAAUAUAUUAUCACCUAAAACAUUGGUUUACAUGAAGCUGUAUUGGAAAUUUCAAUAAACUUUACCUGCAAAAUUUUCAGGUUAUUUCAGAUAACAUUAGCAUUCUGAUUUCUCAUCGAGUAGUAAAUAUGACUGUUGUAAUAAUACAUUUAUAUAACAUAACCUUAAAAAUCUUUUUAUUCCCCACCUAGGGGCAUUAUGUUUUCCGGUCUGUGCAUCUGUUCGUUCGUCUGUCUGUCCUGCUUCAGGUUAAAGUUUUUAGUCGAGGUAGUUUUUGAUGGAAGUUGAAGUCCAAUCAACUUGAAACUUAGUACACAUGUUCCCUAUGAUAUGAUCUUUCUAGUUUUAAUGCCAAAUUAGAGUUUUGACCCUAAUUUGACGUUCCACUGAAAUAGAAAAUGAUAGUGCGAGUGGGGCAUCUGUGUACUAUGGACACAUUCUUGUUAUUUUUUAUAUUAUAUAUCUAAGAAUAAUGUGUUUGAAAUUAUUCAUUGAUGGUUUCAGAUAUCUAACAUUACUUUCAGUAUUACUAUUUAGAAUCAUUUUAUCUCCUCUAACACCUUUGGGUCAGUUUAAACAAUCUUUGCAAUAAUGAUCAACAAAUGGUUCUUGUUCUGUUUCGUUUGGAAAUAAACCAUGGCUUCCAGAGGCAAUGUAUGCAUGAGGUAUGGUAUUUUCAAAAGUCUUCUAUGAAAUUCUUUGAAACUUCAAGGCGAAAUGUUUUGAGAGUUUACUUCCAGGAUUGUUUAUUGGGAGCCCAGGUUCUAAAACUGAAAGGAAGAUUGCAACCAAACUUUGAGAUUGAUGUAUCAUAAGUCUCUUCAUACUGACCUCUUUUGACUAUGAUUAGAUGACAAAGCUUGCCCCGAGAUGCAAGGUUUUAUUCUGAUUGGCCAGUUUUCUAAAUCUCUGAAACUACAAGGCGAAAUGCUUUGAAAUUCUAAUGUUGAUGAUUGGGGUACCUGCUAUAGAAUAUUUUCUCGUUCAUUGAUAGAUGGUAAACAUGGCGGCAUUGGUGAUAAAUAGUUUACAUUUCAAAUUUGGAAAAUUACAUUUAUAUCUCUGAAACCACCAGAUCAAUGAAAAUACGUAACAGAAAAACCUCUUAAUGCAUAAUUCAUUUUUUAUAUCGAAUUAUUCUUUAUCGUUUUUAUUGGUGUAGGAUAAACUUCUGUCUUAAUCAUACAAAACUUCUCAUUUGUUUAAGUAAAAUCACAGUUGAUAAAGCAUCACGUUGUAUUCCUUAUAUUUUUAAGUAUACAAAUUCUUAUGAUAUGUCAUUCUUUCAUUGGUUGUCCUUCUUUUUUUUUUACAAAUAUACAAACCCUGUUUGUUAAGCAUAUCUGCAUAUGUUGAUGAAUAUUUACAGAAAGCAUCUAAACUUUGUUAAAAUAAUGAGCCAAAAAUGUUGACUUUAGGGAAAUUAAUCUUCCCCUCCUUUUUUAAAGUUUGAACAAUAUGGAAACCCCUGACCCUUAGUGAUUCAAUCUGGUAUUUAUAGUAACAUUAUAUACAUUUAGCACUUCUUGGUUCUUCUGGGAAUUAUUUUGAUGCAUUGUAACAAUAUAUAUAUAAACAUUCAUUAUUAAUAAAUAAAACAAUACAAUAGUGUA